AUGCUUAACCUGCCCUGUUGUGUGGCAGUGAAUAAUCGUGACGAAAUUGCUGUGUCCGACUUCUGGAACCACUGUAUUUCAGUAUAUAGUAAUGACGGUACCCAUAUAAGGACGAUUGGUAGAAUUGGUUGGAAGAAUGGUGAGUUAAUUUACCCUAUAGGGGUUGCUUUUGACAGUCUUGGUAAUAUUGUUGUAGUAGAUAGUGAUAACCACCGUGUACAGGUCUUUGAUGAGAGUGGUAACUUUCUUAGUACAUUUGGUGAACAAGGAAGCCUUGAUCACCAGCUGAAUUGCCCUGCAGGUUUAUCAAUAACCGGCGACGGUGAUUUUAUUGUUGCUGAUACUGAAAACCAAUUGAUCAAGAUAUUCUCUCCUAGUGGAGAGUAUUUAUCUAAAUUUGGUGGAGCAGGUUCUUUGGUCGCCCCCUAUCACUGCAUCCAACACUGUCAAUAUCUUAUAGUGUCAGACUGGAGUGAUCAUUCCAUUAAAAUGUUUGAUCUUGAAGGAACAUUGAUUUCUAAAUUUGGUAAGAAAGGGGACAAGGAUGGAGAGUUUAUCGAGCCCCGUCAUUUGUCAAUUAACAAAGAGGGAUUCCUAAUGGUCUGUGAUGGAUGGAAUAACAGAGUUCAGUUAUUUGAAUUGAAUGGAGAGUUCGUUACGAAGUUUGGAAGUAAAGGGAGUGAGAAAGGAGAGUUUAGAUAUCCGCAUUCUACAGCAAAUCUUAGUGAUGGAAGGAUAGUUGUGUGUGACGAGCAAAACAGUCGAAUCCAGAUAUUUGACCAAAUAUGAUAUAUACUUAAUUUUAGAAGUAUGGAUGCAAUCACUUAAAAAUGUAAACUACAUGUGCUACUGAUGUACAAAGAGUCGUGCGCUUUGGUUUAGGAAAUGUUAGCACCUGCCGAUCUGUGGGCCAUUUUAAGAAGACAAAUGUUUUUCUAGUCUACGCCAUAUCAUAUGCUCUCAUGAAACUGUUCACAGACUGAAAAGCGUUCGGUAAACUAAAAAUGGCUUAGAACGGGGUUUUGUUAAAUACUGGCUACACUCCGUUUAACUAACUGGCCCUGAAGGUUUAUCAAUAAGCGGCACCAGUGAUAUUAUUAUAUUGUUGCUGAUACUGGUAAGAAAUUAAUCAAGAUACAGUAAACACCUGCGAAUAAGAACCUGCUCUUUUGAAGUCUGGCAAAAUAGGUUCCGUUGUAUUCUGGGGUACUGAUUGGCAAUUUAGGCUCAUGAACGAGAUAAUAGAUUGCAUUGUUGAUUACCGGGAAACUAAAUAAACUUGGGUUUUGUCCUUUAAAAUACAGUAUUUAUCCACAAUUUUAAUUAUAAUUACAACCCUAACAAAAACUGAUUACCGUAUUUAUAUACAGUUUACUUGGUACAGUGUGUUUCUGUUCAGUACUUAAUAAAUUUACAAUCUCAAAGUUACGGUCCUUGAUUAAAUUGUUUAUCAUUAUAUAUUUAAAUGUAACCCACACCUUAACCUUAUCUUGCUAGCCUAAACAGGUUCUUGUAUUUUUGGACAUAAAAGUGGUACAUUUCUGCCAGGUUGCAUAAACACCUAGGGGAAGACAAGGAGUUAAUUCACUAGGUUCUUAUUUGCAAGCGUAUUCUCUUCUAUUGAAUACUUUCAUAAAUUUGAAGGAGCGGGUCCUUUAGUCUGCGCACUUCCAACACAAAACAUUGCCAAAAUCAAAAAGGAGAAACAUAAAAUCGAACAAAUUUGCCUUUUAAACCCCAUGACUACCGGAUUAAUUUUGUAAACAUUGAUUUACGUCAUCAGUAUGGAAUUUCUGUCGCUGAUGAGCAGACGUUUUUCCUGGCGAAACGUCCUGAGCGGCGAGAAACGAAGAGAAACGGCUGUUUUCGCAGGCUAGCCUGUCCCGUCUGCCUGUCUGCAUAUCUAUCUCUCUGACUAGGGCCACGGAUUAACACAGUCGAUCAGGAGCCUGGCUGUUCCAUUGCCAGGUGUGACCUACUCGAUACUUUUUCCGGCUUCUUUCCUUUCCGAGGAGCUUAAAGUAGCUUUUAAUACCCGUCUGAAAAAGAAGCACCUGAUGGAGGAGGGUGGUAAAUUCAGCGCACGGCUCGCGCAGCCUCAGGUUAGUCAUUUUACUGUGUACGUGCUAUUAACCCUAUUCAGACUGGGGGGGGGCUUUUCGAACCCCCCCUCCGGCAAAAUCGUGAUAACUCCUACACCGAAAGAGCUAUGACGUUCAAAUUUUCUGACUUUUCCUAAAAUUUAUCUAGGAACAUUUUGGUAUAAAUACCAUGUCCAUGUGAUUAAUCAUGUUGCCAUGGCAACCAGUUUCUGACACAUAGGUUUUGGAAAAUUUAAAAAAUGGUGAUUUUUUUGUUUUAAGAUCGCGUUUUUACACUUAUAGUGCUUUUUGUUGUUAAAAUGGUCUUUGCUUGGGACUAGUUUUUGAAUUACAUCAAAAUGUUUCAACAUGGAAUAUUUAGGGGGGAGGGGUGGGGUAAAAUUUGUCACCUUUUUUGCUUUGCCAAUAUGCUGUUCUAUUUUCCAAAUAACACUUCCAAAGUCAUUUGUUUGGGUAAUAAACAUUAGUUUGAUACUUCUUUUAUACAUUCUGAGCUUUUUCCCCUAUGAAAGUUGCUUUAAAUUAUAAUUUUAACAAAAAAACGGAAAUCCAAGAUGGCGGAUCCAAGAUGGCGGAUCCAAGAUGGCGGACAACCAUUUCAAAUUUUAAAUUUUAUUGCUUCCUAUUGCUUUUUCUCGCUGUACAAGUGUUUCCUUGUUACUAGUUCAUAAGAAAGGAUAACAAAGAGAUGACUUUACCAAUAUUAUUGAUAUUUUACGUAUCCAAGAGGAAAAAUAAUAAGAAACAUUGAAAAAUCGGAAUAUGACGUCACUGUGACGUCAUCAUUGGGCGUGGCAAGUCAAAACUGGGUGUGGGGCUUCUUUGUACGGAGAUGAUCAUUGUGUGUAAAUUUCAUGACCCUAGCAUUAUUGGUUCCAGAGAUACAGAGGGGGGUCCGAAGAGCCCCCCCCAGUCACAGAUUGACCAAAAAAGCCCAGUCUGAAUAGGGUUAAGUGUUACCAACCUUUCACAAACUGAUUGGGUCUUCAUCCAUCCGUUCGUCCGUCAAUAGGAAGCUUAAGCAACAACGAGGCGACGGCCACGAGAACGUCUCUUAAAAAGUGAAGUCGCGCUGCUUCAAACCUUACCGUGCUUAUUCCAUCUCUUUCAGUUCGUCAAAUUUUGGCAGUUUUUUCUAGAGCUGAAUUCUAAAAGACUGUAUUGAAGUUCAGGAAAAGAAAACAAACUCGUUGUCUUGUGGUCAAAUUCUCCACAAAACGUGAAAUUAGGCAUUAUCACGUCGUAGUCGUGCAGUGACGGUAAAGAAAUGUACGUGAUGCACGUGCAGAGUUGUUGUUUUGCCAAUCUAAACCUUUAACUCUUUUUUGCCGUUCUCGUUGACGUUGCCGUCGUCGUUGCUUUCGCUCCCUAUUCCUGUUUUUGUGCACCCCUCUGUAUAUUAAUUUGCCCCACCCUCCCCCUCCCCUUUUCGCAAACUCCUGUUGAUACACUUUGUUACUGACUCUAGAAGUGAGAGCUAAUACAACUGACUGCAAAUGAAUAAUACUUUUUUUUCCCUUCGCCCACGCCUCCUGAGCCACAAGUACUGAUUCACCACUGAAACCAAUUGAUGAGUCCGACUCAGGUUUCAAAAUGAUCCUUAAAUAUCAAGUGCUCGAGGCCGUGAAAUACUGGCCCAUAUCUCCAAGUUCACAAAAGAUAUCAGCACUAAAGGUGAAAGGUGAAACCAGACAGCAAAUAAAACUGAUGUGCGUUAUGCUAUCCAGUCUACGUUAAGAGGAUUAUUCAACUGGUUUCUCAACAAUCAACCUCGUCUCGAGGACUGCUCCUUUAGAAAACGGAAGGGGAAGCCCUGGGGACAAGUUUGUUUGAAAGUCUCUUGGCUCACUGAAAUAUCUAUUUCCAGAUUCACAUAUUUUGGGGCUGUUCGAAAAAUGGUAAAAUAUACCUGAACAAUUAUUGAAUGAAGUUUUUCUGAUAUCCACUAAUUGUUUUAGUAUUCAUUGUUACCGUCAUACACAGAAAAUACUAUUUGACAUUGAGCUACAUUGCCCUCACUUAUCACGCAGUGCGCGCACAGUCUACAGAUAUGUCAAUUAUCUUCUAGCAAAAAACUGACAAAUCAGUUCUGUAGGUUGCACUGAGUUCCUGAAUAAACUGCAGGGUCCUAAGCCAAUGAAAACACUUAGUGAAUAGAAUCUAUUCUUGGUUUUCACACGACGUCACCAAAAUUCAAACUAAGAAACUUUCGAUUCUUCUGAAUUUCUUCUUUCAUAAUGUAUUACAAUACCUAAACACCUUUAUGCAAACAAAUUUUUGGUUCCAAAGGGUUCUUCGUUUUGCGACAAAGGCCAGGGUUUAGCGUGACGCGUUAUUUAGCCUUUCUUAACUACUGCACGGUAAGCUCCUACGUGGGUUAAAAACGUUACCUAGUUUAAGAGAGUUUACUAUCUAAACAUUCCUUGUCUCAGAAUAAAUAUUACUUUAAUCUUUAUGAGUUCCUCAAACGAUGAAUUCACGCAUAAGUAGGAAAAUUAAAAAACCGAUGUUUGUGUUGUUUCCGGCAGCCAUAUUGAUGCCCCUCAAAGGAACAUUUUAUUUCAUUUUCAAUCGAAAAGAAUUGUCUUUAAUUGAAAUGAGUUUUUUUUUUAUUGAAAUGAUUUUUUUUAAUCGAAAUGAAUUCUAAAAGGGACAUCAACAUAACACCUUCAUACAAUGCUUUAUUAAUUUGGGUAAAACGUUUUUCCGAAUAUCUCGCAUAUGAAAUAUAGCACAGGUCCAGGAGCCCAUCAAAUGGAGCCUCCAUCUCCAUUAAUUUCUUGAGUCAACCCUUUCCCGAGUAGAUUUAUAAAUAGAACGGCUUGUUUCCCGCGAAAAGUGUCAUAUUUCCGCGAGUCUCGUAUGUCACCGGGAAAAAAUAGAGCUGGAUGAAGUCGAACUCAGAAGCCCAGAAAACAAGAAUUUCGAUCCGCCACGUGGGUAUUUAUGUUCAGUUCAAAGCUCAACAGACAGAACGGCUGUACCGUUCUCGCCACGACAAAGUACAACUAAAGUUGCUCUUGUAAAAGCAACUAAGCACAAAGCCAACCCGGCAACUGAUGAGGUUCGUGAGGAGAACCGAAACCAUGGUCUUGCCUGAUCACAAACUGUGGCAAUAACAAAACAGUUUAAAGACUGUUAAGCUUAUUCAAAGCUAUUACCAGGGGAGGAACUACGCGCUCCAGUCAAAAGACUCACACUAUCUUUAGAAAAACACUAAGCUGGAGUUUACUGAGUCACAAUUCAAUUCUCCAGUAAGUUUAUGUAGCUUCAGUUUAAGCUGCAGUUCACUCGUAUAAUUUUGGAUCUGUAAGUCACUAUCCGUGAUAAUUUAACAUUCUGCAAAGAAAACUGACGAGCUGGGCCCAGCGUGAUACAGCAUUGCAGAAAAACAUUACACUCACGGCCUAAAGAAAAUCGCUUAGAUCAGAUCCAGAAGGCACUUUGGAGAAAAUUGGAACCCUUAUUCAGCCGUAAUAAAAAAGCUUUACGCUUCAAACGAGGUCAAAGAAAAUGCGCUUGCAUUAGAGGGCAAAUCCUGCAGACCAGAAAACAAUAACUACAGUCAAUCGAUAUAUAUGUCAUGACCUCUCAGUGUGAAACAUGCGGCAAAAAAACCACAUUUGCUCAGUAAAAUGCAGAACCUUCCAGAGCAUAAUCUACCCAGCAGAUAAAAACAACUUUAUUGGAAUAAGCAGCAUUUUGGCAUGAGGUAAAAGUCGUGUAGGCCUACCACCCCCUUUUAAUGCUUUGAUGGGCUCCUGACAGAUCUGAUUCUUGGCAAGGUUUUUUGUAUAUUUAUCUUCUUUCAUUUCCCAGAUUCUGGACUUCCUGUAUUGAAUGGUUUGCAUUUUUAUUUUUGAUGGCGUGACAGCGAAAAUAGAAUGAAAAUGAUUUUCCUGCUCCCUCUUCGUGCGCGCCCUUGUCAUCCCCCCAGCCAAAAAGCCACUAACAUGCGUGAAUGUACUGAUACAGUGGAAUGGUAGUUCCUAACAAAGUGAUAAUUUUUUAAAUGCAUGUGGAACAUUGAACGGAGGAAAGGCUUCACAUCUAGAAAGGAUAACCUGGCCUCGUUACCUGUUUUAUACUUCAGAAUAAAUGUCGCGUGCGGUUUUUUGACUGCUCCAAAGUGAUGUAGUCUUAAUAUUUAGCUGACGAAAAAAAUUGCGACAGCCAGUAGUUCAUGCUUUGUAGAGCAGAACAACAGUUCUAAGAAAACCAGGAGAUUACGUCAAAAUGUCAAACAAUUCAAUGGACUUUGUUUAAUUGGUAAGGCAUUACGAGGGAUGGGUUCUUUGAAAAUCCAAUUCAAAACACCGCAUGGCCAACAACAAGCUUUAUAGAGUAUUUCAAACUCAAUCCCGGACUUUUCCAUGGAUAUAAAGACCUUGCUGGACAAUCUUCAUGAUGAAGUAUCGUGUUCUGUGUGUAUGUGUACAUUCAAUGAUCCAAAACAGUUGCCUUGUUUGCACAGUUUCUGUCUUAACUGCCUGAACGGAAUUCAACGAACGAGCGGCCUCCAUGGCAAAAUAACAUGCCCCGAGUGCAGGAGACAGUUUCAAAUACCUGGAAACGGAAAUCCCAGCGAACUUCCCACCAAUGUUCGUAUCAACAGUUUGCUAGAUGUCUUGUCAAUUAAAAAGUGCAGUACAACUAACGUGAAAUGCGGAAAUUGCGACAAGCGCAGCGCCCAGACCUUAUAUUGUUUCCAGUGUUGUUCUUUCUGGUGCGAGGAAUGUAUUUUAGGACAUAACAUAAUACGCACCAAUAAAGAACACAAAACUCUUGCACCGAAGCAUUUUCAGUAUCAAGACUUCGAGGCUGUGUUAAAGCGACCAGCAUUUUGCCAGAAGAAACACCAUGAAAAAGAAGAACUGAAAUUCUUUUGCAGUGGCUGUAAAGUCGCCAUUUGUAACACUUGCGCUGUAACGCUUCAUGAAGGUCAUGGUAAAAUACCCUUGCAAGAAGCUACAGAUGCGCGCAAGAUACAGAUCAACUCCGUGAUUUCUUCCUUGAAAGAUAAAAUGGUGGAAAAAAGAAAGGAAGUCAAAAAAUUCCUACAAAAGAGCAUGGAAGUGCAAGCACAAGUAGCCGACGUAAAAAGCCAAGUGCAGACGAACGUAAACAAAAUGAUUGCAAUCAUCGAAGCGAGGAAACAGGAGGUUUAUGAAGCGGUGGAUAAUCAAGCGAAAAAAUCACUUGAAACACUCUCUCAGAAAAACGGCGAAGUUGAAAAUCACGUGAAAAUGAUUGAAUCAGCAAUUGAACAAACUGAAUCUCUGAUGAAACGAAACUUUAGUACAGAAAUCCUUGGAUUCAAUGAAACAUUUGAUAAAAUCCUACAGGAACAGGGAACGCAAGAAAACCGUGACACAGAGUGUCUUCCUCGGUUUCGUUUUACUAAAAGUGAAAAACUGAUUAACGUGUUGAACAGUGAAGGUAUAGGUAAUGUAAAAACUGUUUUUAGCGCAACUAAAUUGCAACAAUCAGGUAAAGAAAGUAGUAAAGUAAUUGCUAGGACUAAAGGGGUAAAUGUUCGUGACAGUCCUCUUGAGGCUCAAGUACAAACCAAGCGUUACAUUCCUGUGCUAUCAUUUGGACAAGGAGGUGAAUCUGUUGGAAUGCUUAACGAGCCUUGGGGGGUGGCAGUGAAUGAUCAUGAUGUAAUUGUUGUGACUGAAAUCUUGAACCACAGGGUUUCAGUCUUCCGUAGUGACGGUACCUACUUAAGAUCGUUUGGUAAAAAAGGUCAGAAUAAAGGUGAGUUUGCUGAACCUUCUGGGAUCGCUUUUGAUAGUCUUGGCAAUAUUGUAGUGACAGACUGUGAAAACCAUAGGGUUCAAGUCUUUGAUAGAAAAGGUAAGUUUCUUCGUACGUUUGGCCAAAAUGGAAUUCUUGAUCACCAGCUUAAAAGACCUGAAGGAUUAUCAAUAAACGGCAACGGUGAUAUUAUUGUUACUGAUAAAGGUAACAAACUAAUCAAGAUAUUCUCUUCUAGUGGCGAGUAUUUACGUAAAUUUGGUGGAUUAGGUUCUUUGGUCAAUCCAUAUCACUGUAUCCAACACGGUCAAUAUUUUAUAGUCACAGACUAUGGUGAUGAUUCCAUUAAAAUGUUUGAUCUCGAGGGAAAGUUUAUUUCUAAAUUUGGAAAACGGGGAAACAAGGAUGGAGAGUUCAAUCAGCCCAGUUACUUGUCAGUUAACAAAGAAGGAUUGUUAAUGGUCUGUGAUGAAAGUAAUCACAGAGUUCAGGUUUUUGAACUGACGAGUGGAAAGUUUGUUACAAAGUUUGGAAGUGAAGGUAGUGGGAGAGGAGAGUUUAUUUUUCCCGUUUCUACAGCAAGUCUUAGUGAUGGUAGGAUAGUUGUGAGUGAUAGGAAUAACUAUCGAAUCCAGAUAUUUGACCAAAUAUGAUAUGAUCUUAUUCUUAGAAAUGCAUUAUUCCUUAAAAGUGUGAUCUACUAUUGAUCUACAAUUACUCAUAUUGUCGGAAGAAAAACAUUUUUGACGUAGUUUAGUUUCUUGAUCUACUUUGCCUAACACAGUAAAAACCCACGGCUAAAAAUCUGGUUUUUAAGAACCUGUUAGGCUAAAAUUUGACACUUACGCCGCCUCUAUACAAGAACCUGUUAUGCGUAAAAUUUGAAACAGGUUCUUUGACUAAAAUCUAUAACAAAAGUUCUGAACACUUGGGCAAAUAAGAUAAGUCAACAUUCAGGAUUCUCUUGCGUUGGAGACAUUGGGUGCCUUAUUAUAAUUACUCGACAUGCAAUUGUAAUGGUAUUCACAGUCUUACCAAAGGAACAAGCCGAAUACCACUAAAUACUCUUAGCUAUAUUGUAUUUUUUAGAAAAUAACAUCCUAUUUAAAAACCUAAAUAGUCUAAAUUUGUGUUAAUUACCAUUUGUGUAAGAACCUGUUUAGGCUAACUAGGGUCGGAAAAUGCAGGUUCUUCGGGCAGGUGUUUACUGUAGGAUACAUCGCUUGUUGUUGCUGUUUUCCCUUAGUUGACCUUACUCAUAUUAUUAUGUAAAAACCCAACUUGAAAUUGCAGGUCAGUGGCCCGUUUCUCGAAAGUACCGAGAAUGUUUCGGGCCUCAAAAGCUGUUUUAUGCUUAAUGUGUUUGCAUUUAAGUUCAAAGUGUCAAUAACUUUGAAGAUGAUACCAUGAAAGUAUCAGUUAACAAAGCAAAAUUGACCGGUUUGUGAGCUCGGACUGAACUGUGCUGUUAUAAAUUCAACAGGUUUUGAUUUCGGACCCAAAAGUUACCGGGCCUUUUGAGAAACGGGCCGCAAGUGUGUUCAAUAGGUAUGAUGUAUUUUACAGGAGGGUUAUCAUUUUUAAUACAUUUUAACUUGUUCAAUAGCAAAACCAGCCUCUGGUUCACAUUUUUGUACUAAACUGCUCAGACUGAAGAAGAGCAAAGUUGCAGGCUUUUUUACCUACUUUUCUAGUAAUAUUAAAUGGUACAAAAGAGCGCAAAGUUUCUCCGAUGCGUUUUAGUGUGUAUUAUUUUUUCCUCUACUUAUUAAACAGAGGACCAUGCAGUGUACUUGUUUUUGUAGUUUCUUGUAUAAUGUGUGCCAAUAUGUAGAACAUUAGACCGCGAACAAUAGCUUGAUUUUUUCCAGAGAAUCAGUAGGAUACAAGCGACGAGGUGCAAGUCCUGAGACGCGAGAAUCGAGUGAGAUCAGUCGUCUCGGCCGAUGUUUUCGCUUCUUGCCUGACGCUCGUGUGCUACCUGUGCCAUCUCCUUAACUUUUGAAGAAAAGUUAGAAACUGCUGGCAAUUUAAUACAUGACAAAAGAUUUUCAAAAAGUGUAGUGAUUCUGAAUGAUUCAAGUGAAAGUGAAAACUAUAUUCGGUCACCACAGCCAUUGUCAAAUGAUAUAAUAACUAUUUAAAAAAACUUUGUGUUAAUCAUAGUGUGAUGGCUAUUAUGCUACCUAUAAAUGUGAAAAUCUAAGCGUAAUGAUGUAAUACAUGUAAACAUGUACUAAACUUCAAUUCGCAUUUUACGGCAUUACUGGCAAACUUCACUAUUGGUUCCGUUCAUACUUACAGGGACGCAAGCAACAGGUUACGACAAGGGUCCCUACUAGGGCCGAUAUUGUUUCUGUUGUUUGUGGAUGAUCUACCAAACACUGUUAAGACAUCGAGAGUUGCCUGUUAUGCCGAUGAUACUAAGAAUUUCAAGAGCAUCGAUUCCAUCACAGACUGUUAUGCCUUGCAAUCUGAUCGCAACGAGCUUGUCAGUUGGUCUGAAUCAUCUGGGCUCAUAUUCAAUCAGUCCAAGUGUGAAAACCAGUGUAUCACCCGCAAAAAAUCACCUGUACAGCCCACCUAAAUUAUCAACGAGACGCCUUUGGAAUCUUGCGAUACAGAGAAAGACCUUGGUGUGUGGGUGUCAAGCAAUCUUGUCUCGGACAAACAAGCCACUGAACAGUGUGCGAAAGCCACCAAACUCCUCGGCUUUGUUCGCCGAGCUUCUAGGUACAUCCAAAGCACCCAAGUACGUCGUACACUUUAUCUUUCUAUCGUCCGGUGCCAUCUCGGCUAUGCAACCCAAGUAUGGUCGCCAGAGUCCAUUAGCUUACUAAAGCGAGUUGAAAACGUGCAGCUCCGUGCAACAAAACUAAUUUUGAAGCUUCUCUUCCGUUGCGAUGUAACCUAUAAGACCCGCCUCCAAGUAAUAAAUCUGUUACCUAUCUCAUACUGGCAUGAAUUUUUGGAUAUAGUCUUUUUCUAUAAAGCUGUUGAUAACUUAGUUCUCAUAGAUAGUGAAGCUCUGCCUGCAACUAGACAAUCAACGAGAUCUACCAGGUCAUCGAGCACCAAUGCUAUUACUUAUAUCCCUAAGCGAAGUAGAACUGUUACUUAUCAACGCUCAUUUUUCAUACGCGCGUGCCGCACAUGGAAUGUUCUGCCUGUUGAGUUACGCGCAAGUCACAUCUCUCUAGCCUCAUUUAAGCGUUCACUAUUUCAAUAUUACAAUAACGCGCUGGACCUGUACGACGUUGACGACAUCAGAACCUGGAGAACAAUCUGUCCCAAGUGCAACAUAGCGAGGACUCUCCUGUGUCCGUCGACGCGCUGCAUCUAGCAAUUUGAACUUCUGUUUUGUUCCCUUUUGAUUUUUAUUGUUUAUAUAUCAGUAGCUUUAGCUAUUAAUUUUUUUUUCAACGAUUUUUUUUAAUUCACGAGGCAUCCACUGUAAUUGGUUAGGCUGUAGUGGUCUCCCUGCCUAAUAAUUUUUAUGUAUUUAUGUAUAAAUGUUGUAGUCUAGUUAGCCGAAGCUAAAUAAAUAAAUAAAUAAAAAAGCCCUUUUUAACCGAAUCACGCUGAUUCUUCAAGUUAUCUUGUAACAUUUCAAAUGAUUUAAUGCUACAAGGGGCGUGGCCUGCCAGCAGCUUCUCUAGUAAGGGACUCAACGGCAUAACCUCAAGAGUUUUGCACAAUCGGCAAAGACCAAAAUAUUAAUCCUGGGGGUAUAAAUCCCCGAUUAAAAAGCCAAAGGGAAAUCUUGUACAAAAUUUAAAACGAAGAGACUGCUGGCGCUGGCUUUAAGGGGCGUUGUUCAGUACUAAUGCUGCUAAGGGUGGAGGGGCUGAUGUGUGAAUUAACCUGCGAUCAGGCGGUCCUUCUUCCUUUUUUGUUUCAGAGACGAGGGAAAAAGGACGCCCUUCUUUUUUCCCCUUUCCCCGAAAAAAAGCGUGAUCGCGCGUUAGGUGUGAAUGGGUUAAAGAAGAAUCGAAAGGGAAGAGGACUUGAUCGCAGUCUAUACUAAAAUACGUCGGCCUGCACUUCGAAAUAACAGACCGUCGCGCUUUGUUACAAAACAAGCUGGAAAGUUUUUUUGGAAUAUGUAGUUAAGUCCGAGGAAUAAGAUGAUGUCUUCCAAAUCUUCAAAGGUAAAGUCAUCGGCCUCCUUGAGGACAUAUGUGUCUAUAGGAUGGAUGCUCUGUCUGUUAAUUAUAUUCUUCUGUAGAAGAAUCAUUUGAGUUCUUCUGGAGCUCACAAAUAAGCACAAAACUUCACCAAAAUUGACCAGGAGAAACAUAAAAUCAAACAAAUUUGCAUUUUAAACCCCAAGUCUAACCAGAUUAAUUAUGUAAACGUUGAUUUACGUCAUCAGCAUGGAAUUUACGUCACUGAGACGCAGACGUUCCUCCUGGCAAAACGUCCUGAGCGGCGAGGAAUGAAGAGAAACGGCUGUUUUCGCAGGCUAGCCUGUCCCGUCUGCCUGUCUGUCUAUCUGCCUAUCUAUCUCUCUGACUAGGACCAAGGAUUAACACAGUCGGUCAGGAACCCGGGCUGUUCCAUUCCCAGGUGUGACCUACUCGAUACUUUUUUCGGCUUCUGUCCUUUCCGUGGAGCAUAAAGUAGCUUUUACUACCCAUGCGAAAAAGAAGCACCUGAUGGAGGAGGGUGGUAAAAUGAGCGCACGGCUCGCGCGGCCUCAGGUUAGUCAGUUUAUUGUUUAUGUGCUAUUUAACAAUUAUUCUUUGAAAUCAAGGUGAAAAGUGGCUAAAUAUUUCCCGAGCCGCGAAAGCGGUGAGGUAAAUAUUCCCAAAGCCACUAUUCACCGAGAUUGAAAAGAACAAUUGUUUUAGUAUAUACACACGAAGUGAUCUCAACAAAAUCAGAGAGGAAACCAUUAAAAAGUACGAUUUGAUUGACAGAUCAAUAAAAUAGAUCUUUGCAGAAUUUUCAAACAUGGCAAUUCACAAGUUUAUCAUUUCGCAAACAACAGCGUAAUGGCUUAAAUGGAACCGCUAAAAGUUUGAAUUGUUUCCUUACCUGAGAAGAAAAGCAGAGCUUUGUAGUUUUCUGUUGACUCGCCAAGUUUAUAGCCAAAAGGGUUUGUUGUGUCGUUCUUCGCAUGAAGUGCUGACAAAAAUAGCGGCUCGGUUGCUCGAGGUAAGACGUGGUCUUCCUGUAUCAUUCUUUUUCCUGUUUACUUAAAACGUAGAAUUUCUGCAAGCAUUUCCUUUUAAAUUUGUUUGUCAUAAAUAACCUUCGAUUUUUGAGCCAAAAUUUUCUUGUUAGAAAACGCUGAGUUCACGAAACGGCUUCUUCUACGCGAAUACACGGGAGUUGUAAACAAUCCAUUGAGCACAAAACUCAGCUACAGCUGAAAAACGCCGUAUUGAAUCCGUCCAAGUCUUUUCUUUCCUUAAAAAAAAGUCAGCCCUAGGAUUUUAUCGACUUUUAAAAGAUCGUUCUCUAAAAAAAGUGGGAAAAACACGAGCUGACACAUUAUUCACUCGCUAGGAGGUGAAUAUUGUUGAAUAGUCCGAAAUAGCGAACCAAUCAGAUUGCUUAAAGCACCAAGAUCGCUGAGUGUGUAUAUACUAAUACGAGUUACCGACCUUUCACAAACUGAUUGGGUCUUCAUCCAUCCGUUCGUCCGUCAAUAGGGAGCUUAUUAAACAAGCAACAACGAGGCGACGGCUACGAAAAAGUCACUUAAAAAGUGAAGUCGCGCUGCUUCAAACCUUAUCGCGCUUAUUGUAUCUCUUUCAGUUCGUCAAAUGUUGGCAGUUUUUUCUAGAGUUGAAUUCUAAAAGACUGUAUUGAAGGUCAGGAAAAGAGAGAGAAAGUUGCUGCCUUGUGUUCACAUUCUCCACAGUGAAUGUGAAAUUAGAUAUUUUCACGUCGUAGUCGCGCAGUGACGGCAAAGAAAUAUACGUGAUGCACGUGCAGAGUUGUUAUUUUGCCAAUCUAAACCUUUAACUCUUUUUUGCCGUUCUCAUUGACGUCGCCGUCGUCGUUGCUUUAGCUCCCUAAUCCGGUGUCUGUGUGCCCCUCUGUAUAUUAAUUUGCCCCAACCUCUCCUCCUUCUCCCCCCCCCCCCCUUUUUUUCCCUCCAUCAUCUCCUAUCUUUAUUUUUUUUUACGCAUUUCUAACGAUUAGACUUACUUCCGCGAAUAGUAUAGUAUAUUUUUUGUUUUUGUCUCACGCCCCCCGCGCUCUCCCUCCCCCCCCCCCCCCCCUCCCCGCUCUUUUCGCAAACUCCUGUUGAUACACUUUGUUACUGACUCUAGAAGUAAAGGCUAGAGCAACUGACUGCAGAUGUAUAAUAUUACUUUUUUCCCUCCGCCAACGCCUACCAAGCCGCAGGUACUGAUUCAUCCACUAGAACCAAUUGAUGAUCCCGACUAAGCCUUUAAAAUAGUCCUUAAAUAUCAAGUGCCCGAGGCCGUGAAAUACUGGUCCUUAUUAUUUAAACAUCAAUCAAAUACCAGGUGAGCAUUCGCGCGAAAACAUGACUUAUGUGGGUUAACAACAUUAACGUUGCCUAUUUUUGGAGAUUUUGCUAUCUCAACAUUCCUGGUCUCAAGACAAAUAUUAAAUUCAUCUUUAUGAGUUCCUCAAGCGAUAAAUUCACGCAUUAGUAGCACAACUCAUAAACAGAUGUUUGUGUUAGCUUCCGGCCGCCAUAUUUGUGUCACUCAAAGGGACACCAACACCGCGUCUCGAUACAAAGCUUUACAAAUUUGGGUAAAAUUUUUUCCGAAUAUCUCGCACAUGAAAUAACACACAGACCUGAUUCCGGGCGAGGAUUUUUGUAUUUAUCUUCUUUCAUUUCCUAGAUUCUGGACUUCCUCUAUUGAAUAGUUUGCAUUUUUAUUUUUGAUGGUCAGUGUCCGGGAUCGAUCCCUGACGCUGACCAAAAGGAUAGAAGGUCUGGGAACGACAAUGAACAGUUGUAAGAAAAACAGGAUAUUACGUCAAAAUGUCAAACAAUGCAAGAGAUUCUGUUUAAUUAAGGUGUCAGGAGGCAUUAUGUAGGUUGGAUAAUAUCUCCAACAACAAGCUUUAUAGAGUAUUUCAAACUCACUUCCGAACAUUUCCAUGGAUAUAAAGACCUUGCUGGACAAUCUUCAUGAUGAAGUAUCCUGUUCUGUGUGUUUGUGUACAUUCACUGAUCCAAAGCAGUUGCCUUGUUUGCACAGUUUCUGUCUUCACUGCCUGAACGGAAUUCAACGAACGAGCGGCCUCCAAGGCAAAAUUACAUGCCCUGAGUGUAAAAGACAGUUUGAGAUCCCUGGAAGUGGAAAUCCCAGCGAACUUCCCACCAAUGUUCGUAUCAACAGUUUGCUAGAUGUCUUGUCAAUUAAAGAGUGCAGUACAGCUAACGUGAAAUGCGGAAAUUGCGACAAGCGGAGUGCCCAGACCUUAUAUUGCUUCCAGUGUUGUUCUUUCUGGUGCAAGCAAUGUAUUUUAGGACAUAACAUAAUACGCACUAAUAAAGAACACAAAACGCUGCUACUGAAGGAUUUUCAAGAUCAAGACUUCGCGGCUGCGUUAAAGCGACCAGCAAUUUGUCAGAAGAAACAUCAUGAAAAAGAAGAACUGAAGUUCUUUUGUAGGGGCUGUAAAGUCGCUAUUUGCAACACUUGCGCUGUAACGCUUCAUGAAGGUCAUGGGAAGAUGCCCUUGCAAGAAGCUGCAGAUGCGUGCAAGAUACAUAUCAACUCCAUGAUUUCUUCCUUGAAAGAUAAAAUGGUGGAAAAGAGAAAGGAAGUCGAACAACUCAAUCAAAGGAGCAUGGAAGUUCAAGCGCAAGUAGCCGACGUAAAACGCCAAGUUCAGACGAAUGUAGACCAAAUGAUUGCAAUCAUUGAAGCGAGGAAACAGGAUGUUUUCAACGCGGUCGAAUAUCAAGCGAAAAAAUCACUUGAAUCACUUUCACAGAAAAAAGGCGAAGUUGAAAAUCAAGAGAAAAUAAUUGAAUCAGCAAUUGGACGAACUGAAUUUCUGAUGAAGCGAAAUUUUAGUACAGAAAUUCUUGGAUUCAAUGAAACAUUUGAUAAAAUCCUACAGGAACAACACACCCAAGGAAACCGUGACACUGAAUGUACUCCACGGUUUAGUUUCACUAAAAGUGAAAAACUGAUUAACGUGUUGAACAGUGAAGGUAUAGGUAAUGUAAAAAUUGUUUUUAGCGAAUCUAAAGCGCAAAAAUUAGGGGUUAAACGCACGGCAAGCAGUGAAGCAAUUACUGGGAAUAAAAGGCCAAAUGUUCGUGACAGUCCGCUUGAGGUUCAGGUACAGACUAGGCGUUACAUUCCUGUGCUAUCAUUUGGACGAGAAGGUAAGUCUGUUGGAAUGCUUAAAGGGCCCUGGGGGGUGGCAGUGAAUGACCAUGAUGAAAUUGCUGUGGCUGAACUCCUCAACCACAGGGUUUCAGUGUUUAGUAGUGACGGUACCCACUUAAGAUCGUUUGGUUGCGAGGGUCAGAAUAAUGGUGAGUUUAAUCAACCUUCAGGGAUCGCUUUUGACAGUCUUGGUAACAUUGUAGUGACAGACUGUAAAAACCACAGGGUGCAAGUCUUUGAUAGAAAUGGAAAGUUUCUCCAUAGGUUUGGUGAACAUGGAAGUCUUGAUCACCAGCUUUUAAACCCUGCAGGUUUAUCAAUAAACGGCAACUGUGAUAUUAUUGUUACUGAUGUCCAUAACCAAUUAAUCAAGAUAUUCUCUUCUAGUGGCGAGUAUUUAUGUAAAUUUGGUGGAGCAGGUUUUUUGGUCGAACCCUAUCACUGUAUCCAACACGGUCAAUAUUUUAUAGUCUCAGACUAUGGUGACGAUUCCAUUAAAAUGUUUGAUCUUGAAGGAAAGUUUAUUUCUUAA